AUGAAUGUAUAUGAAUGUCGUAGAGAGAUCAAUUUUAUCGGUGAUUAUAUAGAUUAUGGAUGGAAUGAAAGAUCAUACCGUGAUAUUAUCAUUACAUCAUAUCAUAGACAAGAAUUAGAACAAUAG